GGUUCAAAUUAAAUUAGUCAAAAUUUAAAUAUCGGAAUUCGUAGCCAUUUGAUCCAAUCCCCAUCCCCAUCCCCAUCCCCAUCCCAAUCAUCGCCUCCGCUGUCAGCUCCUCUGCCCUGACUUUGGCUGCUUCAUCGCCUAAAAAUCUCUACUUUCUGCGACUCUGGCAGCUGGUGAGUUAAGAGAGAUAUGGGGAAGUACGGAGUACUGAGGAUGAGGACUGAACGAGAAACCGGCGAUCUGAUCAGCUCGGAUCUCCAGGAGCUCGGGACUGCUGCUAAGAAGCUCGUCAACCAUACCAUCAGGCUGGGGAGCCUGGGUCUCGGGACCACGUUGCUCGAAUGGAUCGCCUCCUUUGCUGCAAUUUAUCUGUUGGUUUUGGAUCGAACGCACUGGAAGACCAACAUCCUCACUGGGCUGUUGAUCCCUUACAUAUUCUUCAGCCUUCCUUCGCUGUUGUUCAACAUAUUCAGGGGACAGAUUGGUAGAUGGAUCGCUUUUGUCGCCGUAAUCGUGCGGCUUUUCUUCCCCCGGCGGUUCCCAGAUUGGUUGGAAAUGCCUGCUGCUAUGAUACUUCUGAUAGUGGUUGCCCCGAGCCUGUUCGCGAGCACGUUUAGGAACGACUGGGUUGGAGUCGUCAUAUGCCUUUUGAUCGCGUGUUACCUCCUGCAGGAGCACAUCAGAGCUUCAGGCGGGUUCCGAAAUUCCUUCACCCAGGCCCGUGGGGUCUCAAACACCGUUGGGAUUAUCAUCCUAUUUGUCUAUCCUGCCUGGGCUCUGAUCAUUGAUCUCCUCUGAAUCGUUGAUACUGUGGCAUCUGGAUUGUUCCAUUCGUUCAAGAAUUGUUGUAUUGAUGUUGAAGACUUCGGUUUCAUUGUUUGAUUUUGUAAAACAAUGAAACACUGGACUUCUGUGGUUAUUGCUGCGUUUGGUUUGCAAGUAACAUUUUAAAAUCAAAUUUUGAUUUUGAAAAAGAGUGGUAUAAAUGGUUAUGUAUGGAGCUCAUUUUUUGA